AUGGCGGAACGUCUGAGGAAACGGGGUCGGUCUUCCCGAGGUGGCUGUGUGGGUCGGGGUGCCCGGGCUUCCCGGGGUGCUCGGAGUGCCCGGGGCGCUCGAGGCCAUCGGGGUAGACGUUCUCAAGUUCAGCAGCCUCCCACCCUGGAUUCGGACUUUGUGGAUUUGAUCAGCGACAGCGAUGAGGAUGUCCUGGAAGUCGAACCCGAGCGCGGGACCGCGGACCCGGCGGAGUCCCCGCUCCCCGUGUCCCCCGUGCCGGCCGCGCCCCGGGACGACAGCGACAGCGACAGCGACGGGGCGGGAGCGCCAUCCGAAGGGACCGCGCGGAUCGCGGUCAGGCGGCGGCCGCGGCUGCUGGAUCCGGCGGAGGCCCCGGUGGUUCCCGUGUACUCGGAGAAGGUGAAAAGCAGUCUCCGCCUCCUCCCAGCUCACAUGCCCCUCCUGAAAUGCUGCCCCCCAGAAGCUGAGGAAGAUAUGGAAAUAGCAGAUUCUAACAAUUCCCAACCUAAGGACCCCUCAUCCCCAGAUAGUCCUUGGAAAAAGAAGCUGAGGCGUAAAGUUGGAGAAGAGGAGAAGGUGUAUAUGUUCCAGGACGUGUCUCCUCUGCCCCCACCUCCACCAAGGACCAAAAGCAGGAAGCAUUCAAGGGCACUCCAGAAGUUAAGGGAAGUGAACAAGCGCCUCAAAGAUCUUCGUUCGUGCCUGAGUCCCAAAGAGCGCCGGGGUCAAAAAUGCCAGGGUCAGGAGGAAGAUGAUGUGGUCCUGGUGGAGGGCCCCGUCCUCCCAGAUAGCCCUCGGCUCUUACCACUCAAAAUUCGGUGCCGGGCUGACCUGGUCAGAUUGCCUGUCCAAAUGUCGGAACCCCUAAAGAGCGUGGUGGACCACAUGGCUUCCCACGUUGGGGUAUCUCCUGGCAGGAUCCUCUUGCUUCUUGGAGAGACAGAGCUGUCCCCUACUGCCACCCCAAGGACCCUGAAGCUUGGAGUGGCUGACAUCAUUGACUGUGUGGUGCUAGCAAGUUCUCCAGAGAGUGAAGAGACAGCUCAGCAACUCCAGCUGCGGGUGCAGGGGAAGGAGAAACAUCAGACAAUGGAAGUGUCCCUGUCCCCGGAUUCUCCCCUCAAAAUCCUCAUGGCUCGCUACGAGGAGGCCAUGGGGCUCUCGGGAUGCCAGCUUGCUUUCUUCUUUGAUGGAAUGAAGCUUUCAGGCAAGGAGUUGCCAGCCGAUCUGGGUAUGGAAUCCGGGGACCUCAUUGAGGUCUGGGGCUGA